UGCUACCUAGCGAUGCAUGCUGUACUUGAAUACGACAGGGGAAGUUUAAUUUUCUGUUACACAUUAAGUCUCUGUGACUGUAGGCCGCUCGUCGUUUUGAACUUUGAGGGAAGUCGUUUUUUCUGCUGUUGAAUUAUCGCGUUUCCCGCAAUUUUAUUCUGGUAUUCACAUUUAAAAGGGACGUAAAUCAGUAGCAUGCUAGCUCGUUUUAGCUGCCUUGUACAGUUUACACACAGUGAACCAUGUUGACAGAGUUAUUGCAAGGCACAGAUGCCGGAGGGUUUCUGUUAAUACAAGAUUCUGCUGGUUAUUGUGGUCGACACCUCCUGAAGAGCUUCAUCAGUGCUGCCCUGAACAGGGAGGAGGUCGUCCAUGUGCUUCACUUCGAGGUGAGUGAAGAAGAGCUGACAGAUGGAUUUAAAGGAUCCCACAUUCAGAGGCUACACUUUCACAAUGCCUAUACGGACCCGCUGGGCUGGACUGAUCUCCCAGCUUUCACAGUCCACCACUUUAAUUUGGAGGAACUAGCACAUCGAAUGAAGCAAACGUCGCACUCCAAACCAGUGACCUUAGUGAUCGACUCUCUGUCGUGGGUUUUGAGACAUCAGAGUCCUCCUGCUGUCUGCAACACUCUGCAGCAACUUAGAAAAGGGGGAGCUGUGAGAGCUAUUAUAGGUCUGCUCCAUGCAGACAUGCAUCAGAGGGGCACUGUGGGAAGUGUUUGCCACUUGGCUACUUCUGUCAUCACGGUAGCACCUGGGAUGAAGGGAGACGAAGCAGUGGCCAAGCUAACUAAGCGCUCCAAAUCAGGGAAGGUUAUGCAAGAUGAGGAGGUUUUCAGCAUCAAAGAGGAUCUUACAGUCAUAGUGCAGAGCAGGCCCAGUCAUGUUGGAGGCAGACAGAAUGAAGCAGAGGAACAAGAGACGGACCCAACAGCCAACUUGACCUUCAAUCUGCGACUGUCUGAUACUGAGCGUGAGGCCAAAGAGAAACUUGCACUUCCUUUUGUCUUCAGCAGGGAGAAGAAGACAGCUCUGCUCCACUCAGGCCCGGGUUCAGGACGAAUUCUGUACGAGCCUGAUGCCAAUGACGACUAUGACCAGGAGGACCCCGAUGAUGAUCUCGACGUGUAGUAUUAGGGUGUACAACCCACUGAAUAUAGUAGUUUCCAAAGCUUUAUCGACAUCUAUUAGAGCACUAAAGAUAGAAUAUAAUGCUCCAUAUUUCUGUAAAAAUCUGUAUAAUGUUUAUUAAAUGGUUUUAUCCAUAGUAGUUCUACCUGUAUAUUGAUCACCUUCAUCUUUUUAAAUGUUUUUUUUAAUUAUUAUUAAAAUAAAACAAUAACUUUA